AUGAAGUUUUUAAAUUUGUCUGGGCUUGGACAAGGUGCCAUUAUACCUAAAUUUGGGAUUUUGUUUCUUUUUAUAACUUUAAUAUUAUUUUCAGAUAGUUUUACAAAAAAUAAAAAGAUUGAAUAUUUAUUAAAUGCACAAAUAGCUAGCAGAAAAAUAUGUCAUUUAUUACAAAAAAAUAUAUCAAUACUGGACAAUUUGGUUAUAUGUAAUUAUUUUUUAAGCAAUAGUUAUCUUCAAAAUGAUUGGAGUAGUUUGAAGCAGGGCGUUGAUAAGGAAAUAAGAAACAAUGGUAUGUAUGAUAUCGACGCAAACAACAAUAUAUCGAUAAGUAGGGAAUACAAUUUUAUAAAUAGAAAGAAUAUUAGUGAGCAAAAUGAAUAUUCGUUUGACAUAAAAUUCGACACCAAUAAUAAAGAAUUAACAGAAAAUGUUUUGAAAAAAACUAGGAUAUCAUUUAAACAAUUAGACAAAAAUAAUAACAAUUUUAUUAGCUUUAAUGAAUUUCACAAAAAUAUAGAAAUAUUAUCCCAAAUCCCUAAAGUGAAUAAAAAUAUUUUGAAUUAUUUAUUUAAACAAUUUGAUAUUGAUAAUGAUAAUAAAUUAAACUAUGCUGAGUUUGUAUCACUAAAUUCUUAUGAUUUUACAUUUUUAAGCAUAUAUCCGAUUUUAUUUAGUGAUAAAAAUGUAAUUUCAAAAGAUGAAAUAUUCAAUUAUUUAGAAAUAUAUUUUUAUGAAUUUUUAGAAAAUGUUAUAAGUGAUAGUAAACAUUUAUAUGCCAAAAAUUAUUUUGUUUAUCAAUGUAUAAAUAGUUUUUUUGCGUCUAGUCAAAAGAUAUGGGAUAUGAAUAAAGAUCAAAAAUUACAAAUGGAAGAAUUUGAAAACUUUCAACAUGCAUUAAUAAUGGAAAUGGAAAGUUUAACAAAUUUCUUACAUUUAGAUAUUAAUAUGGAUAAAAAAGUUGAUAUAUCUGAAUUACUUUUUUAUAUUAUCAAUGAUACAAGUACCUAUACCAAACUACAUGGCUAUAUAAAAGAGUUAGACAAAAAAUAUCCCAAUGAUGGAAACCAAAAAAAAGAGAAAAUUAUACAAUAUAUGGAAAAUAAUUUAAACAUUGAAAAAAACAUUAUUUUUCAUGUUCAACUUUUUAUGCAUGCUUUUGACCAUAAUAAUGAUAUGACACUAAAUUAUGAUGAAUAUAAAAAUCAAUUAGCAACAUUAUCAGUUUUGGAUAAAGUACCAGAUCUUAUUUAUUAUAAUUGA